AUGUCUGUGAUGAGAUUCUCCGGGUCUGGCAACAUCACACAUUCGACUGCCCUGGUGACAGCACUAGAUAAUGUGACAACUUUGACCCCGACAACAACGCAGGCAAUCAAUGACACCAACAUCACUGUGCCGCACAAGUGCCUGUUGUUGCUCUAUGAGGACAUUGGGAAGUCCAGAGUCCGCUACUGGGAUCUUCUGCUCCUGGUUCCCAAUGUGCUUUUCUUUAUGUUUCUUCUCUGGAAGCUGCCCUCUGCCAGGGCCAAAAUCCGGGUCACUUCCAGCCCAAUCUUCACUACAUUCUACAUACUAGUAUUUGUGGUGGCUUUAGUUGGUAUUGCCCGUGCUGUUGUCUCCAUGACUGUGAGUGCCUCUGAUGCUGCCACAGUUGCUGAUAAGAUCCUGUGGGAGAUCACAAGGUUCUUCCUUCUGGCGAUUGAGCUGAGUGUGGUGAUUCUUGGCCUUGCCUUUGGUCACCUGGAGAGCAAGUCGAGUGUGAAACGUGUUCUGGGAAUCACUACGGUGCUGUCUCUGGCAUAUUCUGUCACCCAGGGUACCCUGGAAAUCCUGUACCCUGAUGCCCACCUUUCAGCAGAAGACUUCAACAUCUAUGGCCAUGGAGGGAGACACUUUUGGCUUGCCAGCUCCUGUUUCUUCUUUCUGGUCUAUUCCUUGGUGGUGAUUCUUCCAAAAACUCCUCUGAAAGACCGGAUUUCUUUGCCCUCCAGGAAGAGUUUUUAUGUUUAUGCUGGAAUCCUGGCACUGCUGACCCUGGUGCAGGGCCUGGGCAGUGCCCUCCUCUGUGUGGAUAUCAUUGAAGGACUGUGCUGUGUUGAUGCUACCACGUUCCUUUACUUCAUCUUCUUUGCACCUCUCAUCUAUGUGGCAUUCCUUAAAGGCUUCUUUGGGUCUGAACCGAAGAUCCUUUUCUCCUACAAAUGUCAGGUGGAUGAACCUGAGGAUGUGGAUGUGCACCUACCCCACCCUUAUGCUGUUGCCAAGAAGGAAGGAAUGGAUUCUGGGUUCUACUCGAGCACUCAGAUUGAUACCACAGCCUACCUGGAUGACGUGGCCUCUAUGCCGUAUCACGUGGGCAGCAUCAACAGUACAGACAGUGACCGCUGGAAAGCUAUCAAUGCCUAAGGCAGGGCUACCCUGCUCACACAACGCCUCAUUCCUUUCCUUCCAAACUCCCUGAUACCACAGCUGUUAGGAUGUCCGUUGGAAAUCUGUCCUUGGCUAUCUGCCAUGGCUUUCCUCUCUUCCUUAGGAUUUCCAAAACCUAUUGUGGAACUAAGUUGGCAGUCCAAACCCUGUUGAAAAGACUGUUUUCUGUUGCUACCUGAGAACAAUGUAGAACAGUUUUGUUCAUAAAUGUAUAAACACUGAACCUUCCUGAUCCUCCAUGUUCUAGAUGUGACUAUGACCCAGAAGACAGGCCUGACUGGCACCUCUUCCUUUUCAAUGACUGAAAGCACUUGUCUGCCAAUUAGGGGAAUGGCGUUGAGGGAUGAAAGUGUUGAUUUGACUG